CGCGCUCCCCUCAGCGCCGCCCUGCCAGCACUCAACAUGGCGCUACUGCCAGCCCCAAACAUGGCGCCCGCCGCCCUCCGCCCGCAUCCGCUAUGGCUGAAGCCGCGCUGCGCCGCUUCCGCUUCCCGCCCUCAGCCAAGAUGGCGGCGGCGGCGGGGCAGCACCGUGGGUCCGGCGGGCGCUGAAGCCACUUCCGCCGCCGCCGGCUCGCCAGCAGUAAACAUGGCGGAGUCGGUGCUGGAAGUUGUGGGCCGGCUCCAGGCGCGGCUGGCGGGCAGCGCCGAGCCCAAGAAGCUGCUGAAGAGUCUGAAGAGGCUGUCAGAGUUACCCAUCACAGUUGACAUCCUCGUGGAGACAGGAGUUGGGAAGACUGUGAACAGCCUGAGGAAACAUGAGCUGGUGGGAGACUUUGCCAAGGACCUCGUGGCCAGGUGGAAGAAGCUGGUGCCGGUGGCCCAGGAGGCUGAGCGAAAUAAUCUGGACUCUGAAGACCGUGACUAUGAGAGGAGCAGCUCGAGCAAAAGGCAUCAGGAAUCUUCCCUCAGGGAGGAUGAGGAGGCUGAUCAGGAAUACUCAGAACCCUUCCAGCCUUCUUGCAGCCAGUCCUAUAGCCCAGAUCAUAGGGAAAAGAAGUCCAAAAAGUAUCCUAGGCCUGAGAGAGCCUAUGAGACUUACAGCUAUAGCAGCCACCAGGGGAAGGGCUGGGGCAGAUCCUCCCCGGUGCUCUCUUCAGACCAGGAGUACUCGGACUGUGGGCAAGCCGUGUCACCUGAGCCCAGUGAGAGCCCUCAGGAUGUGGACACAGACCCUUCUGCCUCCGAGGAGCAGGAAGAACCAGCGCCAUUCCAUGGGAAAGCCAGCAAAGGGCACAGCUUCCAGGAGAAGCUCGGGGCAGGCCGGGAGCGCGGCUCCGGCAAUUUCUGCGACAAAGGGAGCGCGAGUCGGAGCAAAGAGCACAAGUCCUCGCACAAGAAGCAGCGACUCGAUGGCAGAGGGGAGGACAGGACCUCUGCCUUCAGCCCAGAGAGGGUGCACAAGGCUUCUUUCAAAGAGCAGCUCCGAGAAUCCCCCGUGGCAGCGGCCAGCAAGGAGAAGCAGAGGACGUCAGAGGGCACCAAAAAGGAGAAGAAUCGGGAAAUCGGCACCUCCAGGAAGGAGAAGUCGCACUCGUUGCCACACUCGGAGGAAUCCUUAGACAAUCAUGUCAAGAAGCAAAAGCAUCGGGACUCUGAGAAGAGCAAAUUGGAAAAGUCCAAGCAGAGCCUGGAGAGCUCAAACUCAGAGAAACGGAAAGCGGAGAGUGACUCGGGCAAUAGGAUCAAGGAAAAGGGGGGUUCUGGGAGCUUAAAGUCUUCAGAGGGGAAGAGCAAAAUCUCCGAUGUGGACAAAAAAUCACUGGGUUUUUCCUCAAAUUCUGGGGAGGGGGAAGCAGAGGAUGAGUUUGAACAACCUACAAUGUCGUUUGAGUCGUAUCUCAGCUAUGACCAGCCCCAGAAAAAGAAAAAGAAAGUGGUCAAACCUUCAGCUGGGUCAGCUGGGGACAAAGACCGAGGGCACAGCAAACAGAACGGAUCCAAAGCCAGUACCAACAGCUCAAGCUCCAGUCAGAAAGGUCCAAGCCACAAGAGAACAAGUGAGAAAAAGGCAGAGAAGAAAACCCUAGAGCCUCCUAAACCAAAGAGGAUAAUUUUAGAUGUGGUACCAACGUUACCAGACAUCCCCCUGCCCCCCAUCCAGGCCAAUUAUCGUCCUCUUCCCUCCAUCGAGUCCAUCACCUGCUCCCAGACAAAAAGGAAAGCAGUGUCCUCGCCAGUGGAGGAGAGCGAAGCUGGUUUCACAGGCCGACGGUUAAAUUCCAAAAUGCAGGUGUACUCUGGCUCCAAAACUGCCUACCUCCCAAAGAUGAUGUCCCUGUACCAGCAGUGUAUCAGGGUCCUCAGUAACAACAUUGACUCAAUCUAUGAAGUGGGUGGUGUCCCUUUCUCGGUGCUGGAGCCGGUGUUGGAGAGGUGCACCCCGGAGCAGCUGUAUCGCAUCGAGGAAUGCAACCAUGUGCUGGUGGAGGACACGGAUCAGCUGUGGCACAACCACUGCCUGCGAGACUUCAAGAACGAGAAGCCCGAGGAGUUCGAGUCGUGGCGGGAGAUGUACCUGCGGCUGCACGACGCGCGCGAGCAGCGCCUGCUCAUGCUGGCACGCAACAUCGGCUCUGCCCACGCCAACAAACCCAAAGGGAGAGUGGCCAAGAUGGCAUUUGUGAACUCUGCAGCGAAGCCUCCUCGGGACGUCCGGAGGAGACAGGAGAAGUUUGGAACUGGAGGUCCCCUUCUGCCAGAGAAGACCAAGAUAAAACCAGUCCUGUACACACCCAGCAAGAGCCACGCUCGGGCAAGUGAUGAGCAGUCCUACGAUGGGCCCAGCACCAGCAGUGCCCACUCGGCCCCAUCUUCAGGUAGCACCUUCUCCUCCUGCGACCCCAGGAAACCCCCUGUGAAGAAAAUUGCACCAAUGAUGGCAAAGACUAUCAAAGCUUUCAAAAACAGGUUCUCUCGGAGAUAAGUUUGCAGUGCUGAGCUGGGCCUUUCUCUCUUGAGGAAGAGUGGCACUUGGGGGGGAGAAGGUACCCAAACAGCCCUUCCUUAUCUUUGAACUCUUUGGAGGCUGCAGCUGCUGGGAGAAGCUUCAAUCUGCACAAGAUGAUGGCACAGUAUUUUAUCUUUUAUUCUGGUCCCUUUCUCAGUGUCAAGCCCCCCUCUUUUAACCCCUGUCCUCAACAUUCUGUUUCUGGCUUUGUCAUCCAUCAAAAGAAGGGUGUACAGAAUCUCCUGACACAGGAAAAUGUGAAAUCUUGGCACCUGCUGAGAGUGGAAGAUCCAGAGACUUAUUUACUAUUUAACCUCUUAAUAAAUUAUAAAAUGAUUUUAAUUAAUAUUUUGCCCCUCUACCCUGUUGUAUUAUUUAUGUUGCUCCCAGUAGUCCCUCCCCUCCCGGUCCAGUCCUGGGUUCAGCCUUGGUGACUCGAGCUGGAAUCCAUCUGAGUGGACACUGGGUGUCACAGGAGCCUUUCCUGUCCCCUGGUACCUGCUGGGCCCAAAGUCUCACCUGGAGACGCUGGGACAGGCAGGACCAGUGGCCCAGCCACUUGCCAGUCCUUUGGCAAGUGCCUCCAGCCCUGAGGCUUUGCUCCCUGCUCGUGUGUGUCAAUAAAAUCUGAGCUCUUGACCCGCUCUGUGCUGUUGCUGUAGAUCCUGUACAAGUGUUUUUGUGGUCCUGCAGGGAUGCCAAGAGCCUUUGGGGACGUUUCCUCUGCUGCUGUUGUCUUCUGUUGGCUACUGGGACUAAAACUGCCAGGGAUCUGGGAGAAGUUUUACUGUGCAUCAAGUCAGAUUUUAACUUUUUAUCUGGAGAGAGACAGGGGACUUUGCAAUGGAAACCUGUUUUUAAAUACCAGUGAAGGCACUGUUUGCCUCUUUUAGUGGGAAGAAGGAAGGAAUUCUUCUGUCUUGUUUUCUGUGUGGAAUUGGAAAGGAUUUAUUUCCAGUUGGGAAGCUGGUGCCUAAAUCCUGUCUUUUCCCUGUACAUUUUGCUCUGUCCCUUCUUUGGAAAAAUCCAAGGAUUUUGGUCUUUGAAACCACUUGACUGAGGUUGGAGGGAAGUGAGCAAACGGAAUGUGGCUGUGUAACACGUGUGUGUCCUUCAGAGCAGGGGUUCCAAAGGCUCCCUUGUACCUGCUGUGAGGAGCUGCAGCUCAGGAAGGACAAGGGGCUUGGUGGGGCUGCUGGGAGUGUCAGGGAGUGCCCUGGAGCUCCUGGAGAGGUCGGAGCCCUGCUGAGGAUGUGGGGAUGGCAGCCAGCCCGGAGCUGUGCUGCUCUGCUGGAAGGUUUCUGCUCAUGGGGUGUGUCUGGGGAGGGUUUCUGCCUGUGUUCUGUCUGCCCCAAAGGGAACCCUGAGGUGGUGCAAGCAGAGGAUGGGGCUGGGGAGACCCCAGGCCUCUCUGGGAGGGCUCCGGGGUCCGACUGGGUUGGGGAGGGGUGGGAUUCUCCUGUUCCAAGCCAUAUUUGCUGCCCUAGGACUUUGCUGUCUGGGUGGAAGAGAUGCUGGUAGUGGAUGCUGUUGUUGUUGGCAGCUCCUGAGAAGCUCUGCUGCUGGCUUUCCGUGGCUGCCAAAUCCCAAACCGGUGGAGUUGUCUGUGUGCACUGACCGGGGAAACCUUGCUGUGAAGGGUCCUCCCUGGAGGGCUCUAGAAAAAUCCCUGUCUUGCUUCUGGUUUCUGUUGGGUUGUUUGUUUCUUUCCUUUAUUUUUUCCCUCCUCCUUCAAAAGACAUGUCUUUCUUCAAAACCAUUCUGAACACCUGUCUCUUGUUUAUUUAGUCUUUGUUUAGUUUGAAAUUCUUGGAAUAAUGUUCUCAGACUCUCAUGUGCUGUAAGUUUGUUACAGUCCCAGAUGCUUUAAUGUUCCCGUGCAGCAUUUCAGUGUGUGUUGUGCUGUAAAAUAAUGGCUCCUUACUCUCCUGUGUUUUUGCUGUAUUUAAUUUUGCUGUAUUUUUAAUUAGAUAACAAUAUAUCCUUUUCUGCUGACCGUUGUGCUACUGUUUAUUUCUCCUCUGUACUUGGGGUAGGGGCAGAGGGGAGGGAAGCAGAGCCUGGUGUUGUUCAGACACGAUGCAGCUUUGAGCAAAGGAUCUGGGCGAUGGCCAAGAGCGAUUCUGGGCACUGCUGAAAUGCCAAUUAAUUGAUCUCACAGCUCCACGCUCAGCUGUGGCUACGGCCCAAGCAUUGCUGUUCUGGGGAGAUGAUCUUUCCCUCUGGGAGCUUCCCCUUUGCUCCAGGCUUUGCCAGCUGUGUCCAUGUUUUGUUCCUGGCACCGCAGGGAGGUGACACUGGCGUGGCUCUGCUCUCACAGGGGCGAUGCCAACCCCUCGCCCUUCCCUUCCUUUUGCUUGGGCACUAAUCCAGCCUGGGGAGAGGUGGGCACCGGCCCUCAGCUGGGAGCAGAGUGGGGAUAUUUCCCUGGGGGACACAAAAUCUGGGAUCAAAGUGCUUCUCCCCGGUCUCGGGCUGGGACACUUGUGCAGUUGUUGUGUGCUCCAGCACACGCUGAAGGGUGGAGCAGAGCUGCCUCUUCCCCUUCCCAUCCUACCGGGGAGGAGGAUUUGUAUUUUGGUCCCAAACUGUGUAUAUAUACAAUUUUCUAUGUUCCUUUUUUUUGUGGUAACUAAGAUGAAUAUUUUAAUUAGAUAAGUUAUAUGAAAAAGAGGAGAAUCAUGUCUCAAUAAAAGCCAAACACUGGA